AAUUAGAAAAAACAAAAAGACAGAAGCUCAUAUAUGAUAUCAUCUCUCUCUCUAAGCUCAACCACCAACCGUGUUUCUCUCGAUUUGCUACGAUAAUUUAAAGUUUAAGGAUUUCCAAGUAUUGGUGGAAAAUAUAUAUAUUUAUAUAUAUAUUUUUCCGGGAAUUUGAAUUCUUGGGAAAAGGGAAAAUGUGGGGAUUUGGGGGUAAAUAUUAUUGGGGAAGAAGGGAAAGGGGUGGGAAAAUAGAAGGGAUAGUGGUGGUGUUUAGUUGGUUGUCUAGCCAGGAGAGGCACUUGAAGAACUACGUGCAGCUCUACUCGUGUUUGGGUUGGAAUUCACUCGUCUGUCACCCUGAGUUUCUCAAUUCGUUUUUCCCUGAGAAAGCCGCAACUCUGGCAGCUGACAUUGUCAAUGAACUUGUUCAGGAGCUAAAAAUUAGGCCAUGCCCCGUAGUCCUUGCUUCUUUUUCGGGUGGUCCUAAAGCUUGCAUGUACAAGGUCCUUCAGCAGAUAAUUGAAGGAAAGUGUGAAGGACUGGAAAAUCUGGAUGACUUCCAACUGGUUAGAGACUGUAUAUCUGGCCAUAUCUAUGAUUCCAGUCCAGCAGACUUUACCAGCGAUGUGGGUACGAGAUUUCUUCUUCACCCAACUAUUCUCAAAAUGUCCCAUCCACCAAGAAUAGCAUCAUGGAUAGUCCACAGCCUUGCUUCUAGUCUUGAUGCCUUCUUCCUCAGCCGACUUGAAUCACAGCGCGCUGAGUAUUGGCAGACUCUGUACUCCUCUGUUAACAUGCGGGCCCCAUAUCUCAUUUUGUGCUCUGAAAAUGAUGAUCUUGCUAACUAUGAAACUAUCUGCAAUUUUGCUCAACGACUACAAGAUCUUGGGGGUGACAUUAAGCUAGUGAAAUGGAAUGACUCUCCUCACGUAGGUCAUUAUCGGCAUUAUCCGAUUGACUAUAAGGCUGCUGUGACUGAGCUCCUCGGUAAGGCAGCUAAAGUUUAUUCUCAAAGAAUUCGUCAACCUGAAGGGGAAAGGAUGGGCAUAGAGGGAACACGUGACGAGAUCCUUGAGCCAAUUGAGGACUUGAGGAAAGCAACAACAAACUCAAGUAGUUUUCAGGGGCUUGCUUUAGGACCAAGUGACCAUCACUUGCCCAGUUCGAUGGAGUACUAUGAUGGGAGAGGCGUUGGGUCGGUGCAAGAUGAUCAUAAGGAAGGUUUGAUCCACCUUCAAAGUCUACCCAGCAUUAAUGCUCAUGGUGUUCUUGGUCAAAUCCUUUUUGAUGUGUGUGUACCCAAGAAUGUGGAAGAUUGGGAUAUCAAAUCAAGUUCUUCAAAUGGACGCCUGUUUACUUCCACAAAGAGGCAUACUCCAUUUAAUCCCAUCAAAUGCAUACGCCGCUCUAGACUAUAAUCUCUCAUGCACUAGUUCUUGCCUUCCUGGUGCAUGUCUAUGAAAAAAUUGUUGGAUUAAUAUUUGGUCCAAAGCAGUCUGUCCAUGACAUGUGAAGUGAACGAUGUGCUGUUUUUGUAGGCAAUAAGAAUUUUGCAUAAUUUUGAGCUGAUGGCCUCUUUUUAACAACAAUGUAGAUAAUUUACUGGAGAAAGCUUUACAAAA